AUAGACUGAAAUUUAUGAGCCUGAAAUUCCAUAGCUGAAAAAUUACUAUACCUGAAAUGACUACUUUUGGAAAAAUAGAAGAGUAUAGUAAUGGCCAAGAUUGGUCUGAAUAUGUUGAACGCCUAGGACAUUAUUUUGAAGCAAACGAGAUUGAAAGUGCUGAUAAAAAGAAAGCCAUAUUAUUAAGCGUUUGCGGGGCUCAAACCUACAGUUUGAUCAGAAACUUAUGUGCUCCUGAAAAGCCUGGUGAAAAAACUUAUGUCCAGCUGAAAGAACUUGUGAACAAGCAUCUCAACCCCAAACCAUUGGUGAUAGCAGAAAGAGUCAAAUUUCAUGAAAGAAUCCAACAUGAUGGAGAAACUGUGAAUGAGUUCCUGGCACAGCUCAGGAAAUUAUCUGAACAUUGUCAAUUCGGGGAGUUCUUGAAUGAUUCACUAAGAGAUAGAUUUGUGAGUGGACUAAGAUCAACUCGAAUGAAACGUAAAUUAUUAACUGAAGUUGACCUAACUCUGCAGAAUGCUGUGAAAAUUGCUACUGGUAUGGAAUUGGCAGAAAAACAAGCCAAUGAAUUAAGUUGCAAAUUUGAAAAAUUGCCAGUAGAUGAAAAUAAACCAAAAGUUCAUAAAGUUCAAAAUAAUCAAAGAUUUGCAACGCGUUCUGAAAUUCGAAAAUUCAAAGAAUGUUUUCGAUGUGGGAAAAGUAAUCAUCCUGCUGAAAGCUGUUUCUACAGAAAUGCAAAGUGCCAUAAAUGUAAACGAAUUGGGCAUAUAAGUCGAAAAUGCUCAAUGCAACGUAACUUCUAUCGAGGUUCCAAUCCUCUGAAAAGUAAAAAGUCUUCGAAUUGUGACUACAUGCAACCUACGAAUGAUGAUAACCUGUCUUCGGACUGUUCUCAAAAUGAAAUGUGUCCUGUAUUUACUACUAAGUCUAGUUCUUAUGGUCCAAUAGUAGUUCCCCUGAGAAUCGAAAAUUGUGAUUGUAAAUUUGAAUUAGAUACCGGUAGUGGGGUGUCACUCAUUUCUGAAAGCAUGUAUGAAAAGAAUUUUUAA